GAUAUUACACCAAACCUCAAAGCCCAAUCCAACAAGCUUACAGACUCGACUCCAAUGCGACUAAGACUGGACUCCAAUGUGACUACGACUGGUCUAGGUCAGUUGCCCAAUCCAACAUCUGUUGACUGAUUCAAAGAUUUCAAGAGGGUUUUGACGCAAUUUAGAUUGUUUCGAAACUUUUGAAUGGAUUCAAAUCAUUUGGGGCCUACUCAAGGUGGAGAAUCCGGAGUCGAUGCUGGGGAUUGGAGGUCUCAAUUGCAGCCGGAAUCUCGGCAUCGAAUUGUCAACAAGAUAAUUGAGACAUUGAAGAGGCACCUUCCUGUUUCGAGUCCGGAGGGAUCGAGUGAGGUGAGGAAAAUUGCUGUAAGGUUCGAGGAAAAGGUUUACACUGUCGCUACCAGUCAGUCAGAUUACCUAAGGAAAAUAUCUCUGAGGAUGCUUUCUAUGGAAACCAAGUCUGGGACGACCCCUGCAUUACCAUCAAUGUCUGGGCCUAUGGCUUCCAAUCAACCUUAGCCACGCCUGCAAUUACUCUCCCAGAACAUCCAAAAUAACACUGCUCCUAAUGUAUUUAACAACUCUGUGAGGCCAAUAAUGUAAAUAUACUUUAUUCGCUAAUAAGGUAAAUGACUCUACUAUUAUUAGAACGUUUCAUUGCUUAGAAUAAGAUAUUAUGAGAUAUUAUAUGAUAAUUGAAACUAUUCUGAAU